CAGUUGGGGGGUCCCUAUCCUGAACCACUUUUGUUUGCUUACUCCAGUGUCGUCUUUUGUUAUUCUGAUACUUUCUCUCUUGCUUCUCUCAGUUAGCUCCACCUUCCUCUUUCUUUAUCCUAUUGCUAUAUUUUACCAAUUUUAGUUUUACCGUUGUUGUUGGCAAUGAAAAAAUCAUCAUCAGCUUCAAAAGGUGCAGCAGCCAAUGAUGGAGUUAUUAAGGGAGGAAGCAUAGAUUGGGAGCUAAGACCUGGUGGCAUGCUUGUUCAGAAGAGACAACCCCUUGAUUCCUCUUCUAGUUCCAUGAUCAAAAUCAAGGUCUCUCAUGGUUCUUACCACCAUGAGGUCACUGUUCCUGCACAAUCCACUUUUGGGCAUCUAAAAAUGGUGCUUACAUCCGAGACUGGUCUUGAGCCUAAAGAGCAAAGGUUACUAUUUAGAGGGAAAGAGAAAGAGGAUGAGGAAUGCUUGCAUAUGGUGGGAGUGAAAGACAUGUCUAAGGUUAUAUUGCUAGAGGAUCCAGCCAGCAAAGAGAGAAAGCUUGAGGAGAUGCAUAAGAGUGAAGAUAUCUCAAAGGCAUGUGAAGCCAUCUCCAAAGUCAGAACAGAAGUUGACAAGCUAUAUCAAAAGGUGGUUGCUUUGGAGACAACUGUUUGUGGUGGUGCUAAGGUUGAAGACAAAGAAUUUGCUAUCUUGACAGAAUUGCUAAUGGUUCAAUUGCUUAAACUGGAUUCCAUUGCUGCUGAGGGAGAAGCCAAAGGGCAGAGAAGAGUUGAGGUUCGUCGUGUACAGAGUUAUGUGGACACAAUUGACAACCUGAAGGCAAGAAAUUUUGCUGCAUUUAGCAAUGCUGGUAACAAUGCAGUCCCUGUGAUUUGGGAGGCCUUGGAAUCAGGAGUUGGAAGCUUGAAGUCACCAACUUCAUUUCCAACAUCUACAGUGAUUACUCAAAACUGGGAGCACUUUGAAUAAAUACAAGUUAAUCCUUCCACUUUAUUUAUAGAAGAGGCUUCUAUGAUGACACUUGGUUUUUUGUAAUGACAAGCUGUUUUUGGUAGGGAAGGGUUAUGCUUGUACAAAAUUAAUACAUGUACAUGUUACUUCUCUAUGUCCAAAUAAACACUGAUUUUGCCUUGUGUGUUCAA